AUGGAGGAAAAACGAUUCGAUGUCAUCAUAGUGGGUGCUGGUAUCUCCGGCAUCAAUGCCGCCUAUCGUGUUCAAACACAACUUCCCAGCUACACCUACACCAUUCUUGAAGCUCGUACCGAUCUAGGGGGUACCUGGGAUCUCUUCAAGUAUCCUGGGAUUCGUUCUGACUCUGAUCUUUUCACUUUUGGCUUCCAAUUCAACCCUUGGUCCCGUGAUAACCCCAUCGCUGAGGGUUCUGCCAUCAAGGAGUACGUGCGCGAUACAACCACCAAAUAUGGCAUCGAUAAACACAUCCUUUACAACCAUCGCCUGUCAUCAGCAGACUGGUCCUCCGAUGAGAACACCUGGUCGCUCGCCGUUGACCACAAUGACUCUGAACAAAUCUACACCGCCCGCUAUGUGAUCUUCGGCACGGGCUACUACAACUACAAGGAUCCCCUGAAUCCCGACAUCCCUGGCCUAGACGCCUUCCAGGGCCAGAUCGUCCACCCACAGUUCUGGCCCGAGGACUUCCAGUACAAGGACAAGAAGAUCGUGAUCAUCGGAUCUGGCGCGACCGCCAUCACUCUCCUCCCUAAUCUCGCCGACCAUGCCGCCCGGGUCACAAUGCUCCAGCGCAGCCCAACCUAUAUCCUCUCCCUCCCAAACCGCUCAAGCAGUCGCUGGCUCUCCUACAUCCUCCCCAAUGCCCUAUAUACCAGGCUACAGCGCAUGAUCUACAUCUACACCAAUCGCAUCUUCUUCCUCUUCUGCCAGCGCUUCCCGAAUUUCUCCCGAUGGCUGCUCAAGUUGAAUGUGCGCAAGCAAUUGCCUAGCCAUAUCCCCCACGACCCACAUUUUAAGCCCAAAUACAACCCCUGGGAACAGCGGUUGUGUGUGUGUCCCGAUGGGGAUCUGUUCCGCAGUCUCCGACAGGGCAAGGCGGAUGUCAAGACUGACACGAUUCGGGAGGUGACAAAGAAUGGCAUUAUCUUAAAUUCCGGCGAGAAGCUCGACGCAGAUAUUAUCAUUACUGCCACUGGCUUGCGCCUGCAGAUUGCGGGUGGCUCGGCACUGUAUGUGGAUGGGAAGAAGGUUGAUGCGGGUGCUAAGUAUCUGUGGAAUGGAGUCAUGCUCCAGGAUGUGCCUAAUGCCGCUUUCGUGAUUGGGUAUACUAAUGCCUCGUGGACCCUGGGUGCGGAUGCUACGGCGCAAUUUGUCUGUCGCUUGCUCAAGGAGCUGGAGUCGCGCAAGUUGAUCGCUGCUGUUCCCCGUCUGAAAGAGAAGGAAGCAGCGGCGCUCCAGGAUCGUCCUCUCUUGAACCUCAAGUCGACUUAUGUCUCGGUCGCUGAGAGCGUUCUACCCAAGGCUGCGGACCGUGGUCCGUGGCAGCCGCGUGAUCACUACUUGAAGGACAUCAAGUUUGCUCAGAGUGGUGAUAUUGACACCGGACUGGAAUUUGUGCCAGGGCCGAGUCUGCGUCUGCGCCCGAAGAUGUCGUGA